UUAAUCUCAGCACCCUGUCGCUGUCCACUGACAUAGAGAGAGGUAAAGAUGUCUCAGGUGAAGCAGGUGGGCCUUUUGGCUGCUGGAUGUCAGCCCUGGAAUAAAGACGUGUGUGCUGCUAGCGGAGAUAGGUUUGCUUAUUGUGCCACGCUCGCCAUAUAUGUGUACCAACUUGAUCACAGAUAUAAUGAGUUUAAGCUGCGAGCGAUCAUGUCUGAACACAAGAAGACCAUCACAGCCAUAUCUUGGUGUCCGCACAACCCUGAUGUGUUUGCCAGUGCCAGUGCAGAUAACCUGCUCAUCAUCUGGAAUGUGGCUGAGCAGAAGGCCGUUGCACGCCUAGAUAACACCAAAGGUAUUCCAGCCUCUCUAAGCUGGUGCUGGAACUCAGGUGACAGUGUUGCUUUCGUAUCCCACCGGGGUCCUCUGUACUUAUGGACCAUCUCUGGGCCUGACUCAGGAGUCACAGUGCACAAGGAAGCCCACAGUUUCCUCUCGGAUAUAUGCCUGUUCCGCUGGCAUCCACAGAAGAAGGGAAAAGUUGUGUUUGGACACACUGAUGGGAGUCUGUCCAUCUUUCAACCAGGCUCAAAGAAUCAGAAGCACGUACUGCGACCUGAAUCGUUAGAAGGCACAGAUGAGGAGGACCCCAUCACAGCUCUAGAGUGGGACCCCCUCAGUACAGACUACCUGCUUGUGGCCAACAUGCACAAUGGCAUCAGAUUGCUGGACACUGAGUCCUUAUCCUGCAUCACUACCUUUAGUUUCCCUAGUGCUGCAGCCUCUGUGCAGUGCCUGGCCUGGGUGCCCAGUGCACCUGGCAUGUUUAUCACAGGGGAUUCUCAAGUUGGCGUGUUGAGAAUAUGGAACGUAUCAAGAGUGACACCUCUUGAUAACUUCAAGCUGAAGAAAACUGGCUUCCAUGCACUUCAUGUUUUGAAUUCUCCACCAGCAAAAAAAUCCUUUAGCUCAAAUUCCCCUUCCAAGAAUCAUUACACCUCCUCAACUAGCGAGGCUGUGCCUCCCCCUACUCUCUCACAGAACCAGGCCUUCUCCCUCCCCCCUGGCCACGCUGUCUGCUGUUUUAUGGAUGGGGGGGUGGGACUCUAUGACAUGGGCGCCAAAAAGUGGGACUUCCUGCGAGACCUGGGUCAUGUUGAAACUAUAUUUGACUGCAAAUUCAAGCCAGAUGAUCCAAACCUUUUAGCUACAGCUUCAUUUGAUGGGACAAUAAAAGUCUGGGAUAUAAACACCUUAACUGCUGUAUACACAUCACCUGGAAAUGAGGGAGUGGUUUACUCUCUGUCCUGGGCCCCUGGAGACUUGAACUGCAUAGCAGGAGCCACAUCAAGGAAUGGUGCCUUUAUUUGGGAUGUGAAGAAGGGGAAAAUGAUCAUAAGAUUUAAUGAGCACGGGAAGAAUGGUAUAUUUUGUGUCGCUUGGAGCCAUAAAGACUCCAAAAGAAUUGCCACAUGCAGUGGUGAUGGAUUUUGCAUAAUUCGAACCAUUGAUGGCAAAGUGUUGCAUAAAUACAAACAUCCAGCAGCUGUGUUUGGCUGUGACUGGAGUCAAAACAACAAAGAUAUGAUUGCCACAGGCUGUGAAGACAAGAAUGUCAGAGUCUACUACUUGGCCACCAGCUCAGACCAGCCACUAAAAGUCUUUGCUGGUCACACAGCCAAAGUUUUCCAUGUGCGCUGGUCACCACUCAGAGAGGGCAUUCUGUGCAGCGGCUCAGAUGAUGGAACUGUCCGUAUUUGGGAUUAUACCCAAGAUGCCUGCAUUAACGUGCUGAGUGGCCACACGGCUCCGGUUCGUGGUCUGAUGUGGAACACAGAAGUUCCGUACCUUUUAACCUCAGGGAGCUGGGACUACACCAUCCGUGUUUGGGACACCAGAGAUGGCACCUGUCUAGACACUGUAUAUGACCAUGGAGCUGACGUCUAUGGUCUGACGUGUCACCCCAGCCGUCCGUUCACUAUGGCUUCCUGUUCCAGAGACUCAACAGUCAGACUAUGGUCACUCACUCCACUAAUUGCCCCCCUAAUGGUCAACAUCCUUACUGACCACAGCUGGGAUGACAUCAUUGGCAACACUGAUCGUGCAAUGGUGCCUGGAGCCCCUCCCCUACUGUGUGGAAAAGUUUCCCGAGAUAUCAAACAGGAGCUGGAUAAACUCUCUAGUGAUGUGCACAUGAAGAAGCUCAGAUGGUUCUCUGAAUGUUUCUCUCCACCAGGGGGAAGUCAUAACCUAUGGGACUUGGUUGCUGUAAUCAACGGGCAGGAUGAUAGUCUUCUCCCACAGAACUAUGGGCAGGGUAUCAUGCAUAUGAAACACCUGGUCCUCUUCAAAACUUCUGAAGCACAAGAACUGACCAUAGUAAAGAUGUCAAAGUUUGGGGGUGGUAUUGGAGCACCUAGUAAAGAGGAGAGACUAAAGAGUGCAGCAGAAAUCCAUAUCAGACUGGGUCAAAUCCAGAGAUACUGUGAACUUAUGGUGGAACUGGGAGAGUGGGAGAAGGCUCUUUCUGUGGCCCCUGGUGUGUCCAUGAAAUACUGGAAGAAGCUCAUGCAAAGGAGAGCAGACCAGCUCAUGCAGGAAGGCAAUGAUGAUGUCAUUCCAUACUGCAUCGCUACUGGUGAUGUGAAAAAGCUGGUGAAUUUCUUCACCUCUAGAGGUCAGCUGAAAGAAGCGGUGCUGGUGGCUCAGGGUGCUUGUGAGGGCAACAUUCAUGGAUCUCAGGUCACAUCAAUAAACCAUGCUGCAAAUUCAGAAAAUGAUAACAUAGAGAAGUACUGUGGGCUGUUGCAUCGAGUGAGUAAAGACCUGGCUGAGUGGUAUUUUCAAGAUGGCCGUGCUGUGUUGGCAGCUUGCUGUCACCUAGCAGUAGACAACACAGAACUGGCAAUGACGUCUCUGAUCAGAGGCAAUGAGCUGGAACUGGCAGUGUGUGUGGGCACAGUGCUGGGAGAAUCAGCCAGUAAAGCCACUCACUAUGUUCUGGAGCUCUUGGCCAGAAAGUACAUGACCACUGCCACAUGCUUUCCAUCUGUGACAUACAGGGAUCUUGCGGCCAGAUUACUCCAGAUGAUCCCUGAUAAUGACAUUUUGUUAGCCAAACUGUGUGCCUUCUACCCUGGCAGCUCAGCCGAAAUCAAUGACCUGCACGAGAAGUGCGGUCUACCGACUUUAGAGGAAUGUAAAGACCUUGCUAAGAAUGCACAUGCUGAGGGAGAAAUCUUCCAAGCAGUAAAGUAUUACCUCCUGAGCUCAGAACCAGAAAAGGCUGUGCCCAUUGGCAUCUCAUUUGUUAAAGAACAGCUGAGCUCUCCUGACUGGACAGUGGACUCUAUGUACCACAUUCUAGAUCUGUUGAGCUACAUGAGAACAGAUCGUCUUAUUCUCCCAAAGUGUAGUGAGGACCGCAAUGAGUUACUUAUUCUCUGUGGCUAUAUUGGUGCAUUAUUAGCCAUUGGGAGACAGUAUUCAAGUAUAGUGCCAGCACUCUAUGAAUACACAAGUCAGCUGCUGAAAAGGAGAGAAGUGGCUGUGCCAUUGCAGAUAGAGCAGUUGUCUGUGGAGUUGGAGGCCUGGAGAGUCUGCACACAACCUCUGAAAGCAGCAGAGGAGAGCUCACACACACCACCAUCUGAAGCCCAGAAAGUGGAGUACAAUCAGCUGUUGAGUCGGAUGAGAGAGGAGCCAAUAAAAGGCCUAGAGGGUCCUGACUAUGUCACUGGCUCCAACUUACCUAGCCACUCUGAAGUCCAGAUCUCCUGUUUCACUGGCCUCAGGAUUCAGGGUCCGGUGUACUUCCUGGAGGAUGGCAAAUCAGCAAUUUCUCUAAAUGAUGCUCUGAUGUGGGCAAAGGUGAACCCUUUCUCUCCAUUGGGGACGGGCAUACGCCUCAACCCCUUCUGAGCACAAAUUGUGAGCAGUAUUAUGUCUUGUCUGGCUCUGGAAAGUCAGCGUCUGGUAGGGGUAAACAUUCCCCAUCUCUCUCAGAGAGCUUGUUGUAUGUCAUAGAAAAGCUGAAGUUCAUAAAUUGUAUUCAAACCAAUAUUUCAUAAAGCUUUGCCAUUUCAUGGUGUGCUUAUUACUGUGCAGCUUGCAGAGUAUAUGCAAAGAAUCAGAUGACAUUAUUUAGGUUUGCAGUCAAUACGAUAGUCCAAAGAUUGUAAUUCUAGUUGCUGUUUAGUUGGUACUAUCAAUGAUUAUAAUGAAGGUGUAGCAUUUGGUUCAUUUGGUUAUGAAUGUUUUGUAGAUCUUUUAUUUCAAGACUUGAGUACAGGGUAUUUAUCUGUAAUUUUUGUUUGUAUGUUUAUUUAUUUGAUUUCAUUAGAGACAUGUUGUGUUUGCUGCUUUGUCACUGAAACCGUUAGGUCUGUAUACACAUUAUUUUUUAGUAGACCCAAAUAGGAACACUGAGAAUUUGAAACCUCAGUGACUUUCCUAAAGCAUAUUGUAAUAAUCACUGUUCAAUGUUACGGCAUUUCAUUCAGGGACCAUUGUGCAUGUUUAUUAUAAAGUAGGUCUGGAGGUUUAUUAUUCAUCUUAAUUAAAGGAAUAUUCCGGGUUCAUUACAAGUUAAGCUCAAUCAACAGCAUUUGUGGCGUAAUGUAGAUAACCAUAAAAAAUUAUUCCGACGACACCCCUCUUUUCUUAAAAAAAAGAAAAAAGAUUUAAAAAAAGCAAUAAUCAGGGUUAAAGCGAGGCACUGACAGUGGAAGUGAAUGGGCUUAUAAUUUUAUAAAAGCACUUGCAUGAAAUAGUCUGUUAACACUCAUAUAUUAUUUGAGCUGUAAAGUUGUUUAAAUCGUCAUUUUUACAGUCGUUUAAGGGUUUGUUUACAUUGCAUCAUCCUGGCAAUGAAGUUGUAAAAUUGGCUAUAACUUUACACAGAAAAGGUUAGUUUUUAAACGAUUUUAUCACACUACAAUGAAAUGGGAAAAAUAGGGGCAUUUCUAGUUCAGUGGUAAAUAUGUCAUAGAAAUUUCACAUUACUAUCAAUGAAUUAAAAAAGGGGGACAAUUCAGUUAUUAUGUAUUUUGUCCAUGGUGAAUGUAGUAAUGUGAUGAACUAUGGUAUAUCACUUUUGAAUAUGUCUCAAUGAAAUUCUGAUAUGGUGGUAAAGUUCAUCAUUUUUAAUUGUGUUCUGUUACAUCUGAGUUUAUUCUUUUCUACACUGUAUACAGUAGAUGACACUGUGGCAUAAAAGUGAACUAAACAAAAAUGUUUAAACAAUGAUUUAAUAUAGGAACUAUUGCAGCUCACUCCACUGCACAGGGACACCUACCGUCACACUCUUUGCAUCAGUCUUACUCUUCUAAAGUUCCUUCUCUUCUCCUCGUUUCCUUCACCUUUACCUGGCACUUUCCUAAAAGUGGCGGUAGGCAUCUAACUUGCUUGCUGGCAAACUGGAAGAGGAUUUUCAAAAGAAAUUAGCUUCCUUGGGGGGGGGAGUGUUUCUGAAUGGCUGAUUGCCACCCUUAGAUGCCUCAUAUUGUUGGAUAUAUUUACACUUUGUAGUAAUGACACAAAGGCAUUAAAUAUUGUACAAUUAUUAUUUCACCUAACUUACAUAGCCGCUUUUUAACCUUAAUGGUAUUAAAAGUGCUUUACACUGUGACUAAUUCACCCAUCAAUGACAGCUGAGCUGCCAUGCAAGGCACUAGCCUGCCAUUGGGAGCAACUUGGGGUUCAGUGUCUUGCCCAAGGACACAUCGGCAUGUGGAGUCAUGUGGACCGGGAUUCGAACCGCCAACCCUGCGAUUAGUGGCUGACCUGCUCCACCAACUGAGCCACAGCCGCCCCAAACUGUUUCUAUCAGUUAUCUCAUAUGGGCCUGUUUUUCUUGAUUAUACUUUUAUUUUGAUCAGCUCUUAUACAUUAUGAUGCUUCUUUUCAGUCACCUGUUUUCCAGCAAAGACGCAAUGUAAUCUAUAGCCUACUGUACCGUGCCUUACAUUUAUUGUUGUUUUUUGCAGAUACUCUAUUAUGCAUUUAAUUUAUUUUUCCAUGUUAUUAAUGUCGUAUUCUUAUUUUAAAUGCAUUAAUUUUACACAAAACAUAACAAUAUAACUUAUUUAUAACAUAGCUAGUGCCUGACCUCGAAGCUGAUAAUGAUGAGGAUGAUUCUUUUCAAUUGCACUUGCACCCAGGUCAUGCUCUUAAUGGCAAAACUGGCAUGAACAAGUAAACACUAAAGAAAGACCAAUGACUUAAAGCUUCUAAAGCGAACAGCCCCCUCUUCUGGUCAAAAUAAACAGCACAUGGUUGCACAAACAACCAGCACAAACAACCUUGUUGCCGGUAGGCUUCAAUAGCAGCUUUCUUGCCAUAUGUUUUCACUUUACAGACUGUUUUUGAACGCACAGUAAAAAUUGGGACAUUUCCAGUGACAGCUCUAGUUGGGUACAGACCCUCAAGAACCAGAAAACGGGGACUUCUGGUCACCCUACGGAUUGGCCCCAUUCACUUGUAAGUGCCUCACCGUAACCUCGAUUUUAGCUUUUUUUAAGAAAUAAAUUUUUGUAAUUUUUUGUGGUAAUCAACAUUGUCACAAAUGCUGUCGAUUGAGCUUAACUUGUAUUGACCCGGAAUAUUCCUAUAUAUUUAGCAGCAUUAUGUACAGAGUGAGAAUAGAACAUAAAGCCUCGCUGUAAUUUUCAAAAUACAUGUCUAGAAAAAUUUAGGCAAUAAAUCUGAGAAAACGCACAAAUGAAGAAAGAAAUUUCUGCUGAUACAUAGCUAUACGUUGGCCUAUAUAUGUACUUCUGAAGUUAGGAAGAAAAAGACAAAAGUAUUUUUUAUCAAUAUGGCAUAGUACAUUAGACAUGCUGUAAAUAUUAAAUGUCAGGCAUUCAGGAUGGUAAAAUUUUUCAUUGCAAGCAUUGUCUUUGUUUUAUGGAAUUAUGGAAAUUUUGGUUUUAUGGUAGAAAAUCUAGAUACAGAGACUACAUUCAUCAAAUUGCACUGUGAAAUUUAUUUAUUUGUAUAUAGAUUUGUUCUAGAAAUAAUGUCUAAAAUCCAUGCUAAAAUCUGUGUAAAUAACAUUAUGCAUACUCAACAAAAGGAAUAGUUAAACAUCACAAAUUGAUCCUGUAGUUGAGUCAGGCAUAAGACUGUGGACGGGACUUACCCAAAUCCACCAAGUCUACAAGCAAAAACCACGUGUAACCUGUUUAUUUUGAAUAAAGGUAUAUCAUAAAAGUGCAUGGAAAGAUAUUUAAGAACUAGCAAGACGUGUCACUCAAGCUUACCUUCUUUUUUGUGACCAUGAUUUGAUAAUUGCUAUUAAAAGAUCAAGUGACCAAGAAUAUUACUAGAAUAUACUGUAUUUUGUUUUAUGCUUAUGAUAACUGUAUAUCACUACUUCAGACAUUUUUAUUCAUUAAAAAAAUCAUGAUUCCAUUAAAUUAAAAUUGUUUUUAAAUAAAAAAGUGCUGAUUAAUAGGAAUUUUGAAUCAGGGAGGACUGAAAUGUCCUAUUAGUUUAUCAACUCCAACUGUAAUAACAAAGUGAACUGAUAUAUUUAACAUAUUUUGUUUAUUUGUAUUAGUUAUUUUUCUUUUCAUGCUUAAUUUUGGCAAAACAAUGCAAAAAGUAUUAGACUGAAUCUUCCAAAUGACGUGUAAAGAGUGCAACUUUGGGAGAUAUCUGAAAACGUCUCGGGUUACAUGUGUAACCCUUGUUCCCUGAAAAAAGCGGAACGAGAUGUUGCGCUGCUAAGCGCUACGGGGAACAGCUUUAGCUGUGAGCCGAGCUGAAUAAUGUGUGGAACACGUCAAUGAACAUUGACCGGAAUUUAUAGCCUCGGCUGAAGUAAUCAUUAGAUGCACCUGAGGCCAGGCUAUAAAUGGAUACGUCACCAGGUGUCGUCAGAUACUUCUUUUUGAAGAGCAGUCCUGGGACGUCCCAGUGCGGCAAAGCAGCGCAUCAUCUCGUUCCGCUUUUUUCAGGGAACAAGGGUUACACAUGUAACCCGAGACGUUCCCUUUACAAAAAGCUUCACUACGAUAUUGCGCUGCUAAGCGCUACGGGGAACGCAAUACCCACGCUGCUGCACUUGGGGCUGUCCGGACCCCUACGGUUGUGCAGUGUACUCACAAAAAUGCGAGAGGUCUCAGACAUGAGCUUCAGAUGUCGAAUCAAGGGCAUAAGAGCCCAGAGUAGCAAAGCAUCUAACCCAUAAAGUUCGAUGAAUGUGUGCGAAGAGAACCCUAUCGCAACACAAACUUGUCAUAAAAACUGAUGAAUGUGAGUGGAGAGGACCAGCCUGCCACAUCAAAACUUGUUCAGGCAUGAGCUGAGAUGUCGACUCAAGGGCAUAAGAGCCCGGAGUAGCAAAGCAUCUAACCCAUAAAGUUCGAUGAAUGUGUGCGAAGAGAACCCUAUCGCAACACAAACUUGUCAUAAAAACUGAUGAAUGUGAGCGGAGAGGACCAGCCUGCCGCAUCACAAACUUGUUCAGGCAUGAGCUGAGAUGCCGACUCAAGGGCAUAAGAGCCCAGAGUAGCAAAGCAUCUAACCCAUAAAGUUCGAUGAAUGUGUGCGAAGAGAACCCUAUCGCAACACAAACUUGUCAUAAAAACUGAUGAAUGUGAGCGGAGAGGACCAACCUGCCGCACCACAAACUUGCUGCAGAGGGGGACCUCUAGCCAAGGCUUUAGAGGAGGAGAGCCCUCUGGUAGAGUGCGCCCUAAAACCUACUGGCGAAGCUUGAUCGCGCGCCUCGUAGGCCCGGGCAGUAAUGUCCCUCACCCAAAGUGACAUAGUCUGUCAGGAUGUGACCGCCACCCAGUCACGGCUUCCAAAUGAAGAAUUGCUGCCCUGAUUUUAUGCCACUAGCAAAUGCGGUGGACAUAAGUCUGACGGGUACAGACUGGACAAAGUCUGAGAAGUCUUAGCUGCUCCGGCGUUACAAACGGCAGGGAGCAGAAGGCUUAGAGAAUAACUGGCCAAGAGUCGCAAAAGGCACCUUGGGCAGGUAGUCAGGGUGAGGGUGCAAAGAAUGCUUUUGGUCAUACCUGGGGCAACUCAAAACAGGCCGGCAAGAGAGACAGAGCCUGUAGGUACCCAAGUCUCCUCAGAGAUGUAAUUGCCAUAAGAAAAACCAUCUUGAGAGUCAGAAGUCUACCAAACGCUGACUCUAGAGGUUUUAAAAAGGGGGGGUCUUACCCUAUGAAGAGGUCCUAGCAAGGAUGCCUCUUAGAGGGCACCCCGCCCAUCAAGGCGUGGCAAACCGAAGUGGAAGCCACAUAGAACCUGGCAGUGGCGAGGCAAAUGCCCGCUGACAGUUCUUUCCACCAAAAAUCCAGAACUGAAGCAAACUGGCAGUUAGCUGGUUCUGCAAUUGAACUUAUUAGAAGGAAACGCAUGCAGGCGCAUUUGUGCCAUGUAUGCGCCGCCAUGAUCAGCACCCCUGGGGGGGGGGAACUGGGUGACUCGGGGAGAAGUAGAGGAGACAUUGCGCUAUCAACAGAGGCGAAGAGGUCCUCUUCUGCCCUGUAAAAUCUACCCAGAUCAGUUCCAAGGGAGGGAGCCCUAGCACUUGCAAUGGUCUCGAUAACUUCAGGAGAAAGCCCUGUGAACCUCAGUUGGUACCUUACAGGGGCCAAGCAUGAAAGGUUUCACAAUUCGGGCCGGGGAUGAAUAUGUCCCCUGAGCCUGAGAAAGAAGGUCCUACCUGUUCGGAAUCGCCCAAGGCGAGCCGUCGAGGAGAGAUAUUAACUCCGAGAACCAUAUCCUGUUCAGCCAGCGCAGCGCCAUUAAUAGGAGGCAAGACCUUGCUGGUGAACAUUGCCAAGACUCCCGGGAGCAGAGAAACCGCAUUCUGGGUCAUGUAUGUGUCUUAACGUCCAGAUCCAAGGGGGCUGGGUGAUUUCAGGAAGAAGUAGAGGAGACAUUGCGCUAUUCAUAGAGGCGAAGAGGUCCUCUUCUGCCCUAAGAUCUCACCCAAACUUGUUCCAAGUGGAAAAAGCCCGGUAUUUAAAAACGUCUCGAUAACCUCAGGAGAGAGCCCUGUGUUCCUCAGUUGGUACCCUUAGGGGCCAAACAUGAAAGAUUCCACAAUUUGGGGCAGGGAUGAAAUAUUGCCCUGUGCCUGAGACAGAAGAUCCUUCCUGUUCGGCAUCGCCAAAGGCGAGCCGUCGAGGGAAGAGAUUAGCUCCGAGAACCAAGCCCUGUUCGGCAAGCGCGAUGCUAUCAGUAAGAGGCAAAAACCCUUGCUGGCGAACUCUGGGCAACUACUACCUUAGGGUGGAGUUCUUAACUCCCCGUUGGUAUUUUCUGUCUGGACCGUAAAUCUGCUCCCAUAUACGGGCAUCCAGGGAUAUAACUGACCUGAGUGACAGGAGCUUGCCCUGGGCCCUAAGGAGAACCCAACGUGUCAGAAAUACAGCUGACAAGAACGUGGGUCUCCUUGAUGAUUUAUGUAAGAGGCUACCGCUGCAUUGUCCACCAAGCACCAAGACAUGGCAGCCUCAGGAGGAGGUAUUUCAGGGCCAGAAAUACAGCCAUCAACCCGAGACAGUGACUGUGACAACCAAGCUGACGACCCUCCUAUCCCCUUAAGCUGGACGACCACUUAAGGCCGCUACCCCGCCCAUCAGGGAGGCGUCUGUCGUUAGCAGCCUGCGACAA